AUGUCAAACCCACUUGCCCACGCAAAGAUCGCCCUCCGCCGCUCCAGCGAGCGUGGAUACGCCGAGCACGGCGGCUGGCUCAAAUCCUUCCACACAUUCAGCUUCGCUGGAUACAUGGACCACCGCUUUAUGAAUUUCGGAUCUCUCCGCGUCCUUAAUGAAGAUCGUGUCGCUGCCCGGAAUGGUUUCCCUACGCACCCCCAUCGCGAUGCGGAGAUCUUCAGCUAUAUCCUCAAUGGCGAACUUACGCAUCGCGAUAGUAUGAUUAAGAAGGGUGCGGAGGGUGAGCAAGGAAAGUCAUUUUACCGCAUGCAUCGUGGUGAUGUUCAAUUCACUACUGGUGGAACUGGAAUUGCACACUCGGAACAAAAUGAGUCUAAUAAGCCCGUCCACUUCCUGCAAAUUUGGGCUCUGCCUUGGAAAAAUGGCCUCAAGCCUCAAUAUCACACUAUGAGCUUCAGCGAAGAGGCCAAGAAGAAGGGCUUUGUUCCUAUCUUGUCACCGCUCGCUGCUGGCCCUGAGGCUACACCGGCACAGGAGGAGGCUGCUGUGCCUAAGAUCCCUGACACUAUUCCCAUUCAUGCGGAUUUCGUCAUGGGAGCUGGUAUCAUUGCUCCCUCUACAACCUUCAAGUGGAAUAUCGGUGCGGGUGAAGUUGUCCAGUCUAAGAAGAAGCGGAAUGUUUAUAUCCAUGUUCCCAUGACCAAGCAGGGCAAGGCAAAGGUCAAGAUUGAUGGUCGUGAAGAUGCUGUGUUGGAAGAGGGAGAUGGUGCGUUUGUCUCCAUGGUGAAUGCUGGAGACUGGCUUCAGGUUGAAAGUAUUGGAGAGGUUGAGGCGGAGGUUAUUGUGCUUGACAGCGAUUAG